CUCAAAUAUUUUAAUGGUUUUUGCUCAUAUUACAUAUAUUUGGUGAAAUUUGAUAUUUUUUUCCAAAAACAGAGGGUCGGAGAAAGUCGGCCCGGCGCCUAAGACUAGGUUCCCGACUCUAAGAUUCUACUCGGGUAACUGUUUUGUCUAGGUAUUGCAACAGCUGAAAUAAGAUCCCAGCUUAUGAUUUCCAAUCCAAUUCUUGAAUCUCCAACUGUAGUUGUUUCUCUUUUUGUACUUGAGGAUCAUGGGAUAGUGACACAGGAUAUUAGCCCUAUGUCUGAUGAAUAUGUAAAGUUGAUUGGUUUGAAAGUUCCUCAUUAUUUUCUACUCAGGAAUCCAAACAGUUUCUAUUCGCCUGUUGAAAAGAAGAUUAUCAAAGAUUUUGCGGGGCUGGAAAAAAGUGAUAAAAAGACAAAGGAUGCGAUAGUGAAUUUCUCAAUGUAUCUAAGUAUCGGAAAUAUGGACGAAGCCUUUAAGGCAAUUAAAGCAAUAAAAUCUGAGAAGGUGUGGGAGAAUAUGGCCAGAAUGUGCGUUAAGACAAAACGACUUGAUGUCGCCGCUAUUUGUCUUGGAAACAUGGGUCAUGCGGCAGGAGCAAGGGCUGUACGACAAGCUGUAAAGAGUAAGGAGAGUCCUGAAGUACAGGCGGCCAUACUUGCAGUACACCUAGGCAUGAUAGAGGAGGCAGAACAUAUACUUGUUGGUUGUCAAAGGUAUGAUAUUUUGAACAAGUUGUAUCAAGACAGUGGACAGUGGAAUAAAGCUCUAGAUAUUUGUGAGAAUAAUGAUAGAAUUCAUCUCCGAAAUACAUACUACAACUUUGCUAAGCACCUGGAGAACAUGGGGGAUUUAAGCGGAGCUAUUCCAAUGUUUGAACGUUCAGAAACUCACAGAUUUGAAGUUCCCCGAUUGUUGUUUGAUGAUAUGCAUAUGCUGGAGGAGUACGUCAUGAAAUCCUCGGACCCCGCCAUCAGGCGCUGGUGGGCCCAGUACAUGGAGUCUACAGGUGAGAUGGAGACUGCACUGCACUUCUACACACUUGCCAAGGAUUAUCUAUCCUUGGUUAGGGUCUAUUGCUACUGCGAUAAUCUGGAUAAGGCAUCUGAAAUAGCAAGCCAGACUGGAGACAAGGCUGCGUGCUACCACCUCGCCAGACAAUAUGAAAAUAUUGAUAAUAUUAAUGAGGCCAUACAUUUCUUUACUCGAGCCCAGGCCUAUAGCAAUGCAAUAAGGAUCUGUAAAGAACAAGGCCUAGAUGACCAGGUUUGGAACUUGGCUUUGCUUGCAUCUCCGACUGAGCAGCUGGAUGCUGCUCGAUAUUUCGAGACUACAGAUCAUAAACAGUUUGAUAAAGCUGUUAUUCUUUACAAAAAGGCGGGAUUUUUGGGUAAAGCACUAGAUUUAGCAUUCUCGACGAACCAACACAAUGCGCUGCAAUUCAUUUCUGGAAACCUGAACGCCAACACGGAUCCAGUUCUGCUUAAUAAAACAGCAGACUUCUUCCUGCAAGGUGGACAGUAUGAUAGAGCAGUGGAGAUGUAUGCUGCAAGUAAGAACUAUAAGAAAGCUCUGGAGCUAUGUGUUGACCGGAACAUCUCAGUAACUGAAGAAAUGGCCGAAAGACUUUCUAUUCCUAAGGAUGAAGGUACUGAGGAGGAGAGAGUUGCUGCUCUAGAUAAAAUUGCUGAAUCCUGUUUCCUUCAAGGAAAUUAUCAUCUUGCUACUAAAAAAUGGACUCAGGAGAUAUGUUUGGCUAAGGGUGAGGGGGGUGAGGACCGUCUUGAAGAGCUGAAGAAUAACAUGGAACCUGUCAAAGAGUUUGUGGAAAUUCAGGCUAUGUAUGAAAACGACCCAACAGGAGCAGUCGAAAGGUGUAAGAAUUUUAUGACCGCAGGGAAUUUUGAAUUUGUUCGACGCGGUGAUGUUUAUGGAUUCAUGAUUGAACAUUUUGCCAGGAUAAAGCAGUAUAAACCCGCCUACACACUCAUAGAAGAUAUGAAGAUGAGGAUUAACAAUGUUAAUAUUGUUUAUUAUGUUAACCUUCAAACCAUCAGGAAUAUUGAAGCAGCACUUGGCGUUGAGAUCCUUGGAGCUGGCGCAGAGGAUGAAGAAGAUGAUGAAGACGACAUUGCAGAUGAAACUGAUCGAUUUAAUUAAAAACGAUAUUGUGUACACAAUGUUGACAUUUAAUUAAGCUUAAACACAACAUUUUUAAUGAACCUCUUAAGUUCUUUCUUUAAACAAUUUAUGUUCUUUUUGGAAAGGAAUGAAAACACAAUAAAAUUACUUUUAAUAAUUGAUUUAAAAACUAUGUUGUUGCAUUUUUAAUUCGUAUAUUUGUGAAUAAGUUUUAAAAUAAUAUAUUUUAAGUGUGUAAAAUGUGAAAGAUUCUACUAAACAUAAUUAUAAUGUU